AUGAGUCCUCUCAUUCCAGGUCAUGUGUUCAUCUCAGAAAUCGACUCACUAUCGGUGUUUGUGGCAUUCUGUAGCCAUCAACAAAUGGCACUGGACGCACUGAAUAAGCUGUUAUCUCAUCCAGACGCACAGAAGCUCUACACGAAGUGCACGUCGAGCGUUGCGGCUCGUGGCAUGAGCCUGAGCACGUUUCUUUUGCUGCCGCUUGGACGAAUUACGAGAUAUCCUCUGCUGAUCGAGAAAAUCCUCAAGGAGAGCAAUCCGAAAGGCGAAUUGCAUCAGGAGCUGGAUACUGCUCUACAACUACUUCGUGCUCUUGUUUCUGAAGUGAAUCAUGCUGUGACUGAAGAGGAGAAUGUGUUCCUCUUACGUUGGGCCCAGUUA